CCCGGCCCCGCUGCACCACGUACCAUAAUCCAGGUCCAGACCUGCCUCUCUACCUGUUCUCUGUCCGCCCUGCAGCCGAGCUUUUGCCGCCGUAGCCGCCGUAGCCGCCGCCGCCGCCGCAUUAGCCGAGCGAAAAACGGUCCGGUUUCCCCGCAUCCGCAUCCGCAUCCGCAUCCGUCACCCGAUCCACCUGCACGCGACGAGCCGACUACAGACUCACGAUCAGUGCCGGCGAAGAACCCGUCCUCUCUGGAUCAUCCUGACCGACGGCAAGUCUUACUGCUACAUUCGAUUCCCUCGUGAGUACGCGACGCGUUGCAUCGAAUGAAGCACAAGGGUGACGCCAUGACUGUGAAGUCUGAGCAUACGUGGGACCGCUUAAGAAGCACCUCCCCCGAAUCCUCCCCGGCGAAAAUAACUCGCCUCACCUCUCCCCGCUCCUUGUCCUCUUCCACCUCCUUCCCGAUCGUCAAAACAUCCCUUAAUAACAUUCGGAAUCUUGUCAACGCAACAACCAUGGACAAUAUGGACCCCAAACCAAUGCUCAACGACGAUCCGUCGGUCACGUUAACUAUUCGUCUCAUUAUGCAGGGAAAGGAAGUUGGCAGCAUAAUUGGAAAGAAAGGAGAAAUUGUAAAUAGGUUCCGUGAAGAGUCCGGUGCCAAGAUAAAUAUCUCAGAUGGCUCCUGCCCAGAACGUAUAGUCACUGUAACCGGUCCUACAAACUCGAUAUUCAAAGCGUUUACAUUGAUUUGCAAGAAGUUUGAAGAAUGGUGUUCCCAGUUCCACGAUAUUCAAGGAAGCGGCGCAGGUGGUGGCGGCGGUGUUCCAAGGCCGCCGAUCACUCUUCGGCUGAUAGUUCCUGCCUCGCAAUGCGGAUCUCUCAUUGGAAAGGGAGGAUCAAAGAUAAAGGAAAUUCGCGAAGUUACCGGCGCCUCUAUUCAAGUCGCAUCCGAAAUGCUACCAAACUCAACGGAACGUACAGUGACUAUCUCGGGCACCAGCGAGGCUGUCACGCAGUGCAUCUAUCAUAUCUGCUGUGUCAUGCUAGAGUCCCCUCCCAAAGGUGCCACGAUCCCUUAUCGCCCUAAACCCCAAGUUGGUGGGCCAGUGAUCCUGGCUGGUGGGCAAGCCUACACCAUCCAGGGUAAUUACGCGGUGCCCGCCCACUCGGACGUAAGUACAGUAUUGCCAUUGCCCGCCCCCCAUACCGGGCCGAACCCACCCUCGCUGAAUACCACCACGUUGACCAGCUCCCACUUCGCAGCCCACCACCCCUCACACUACGCUUCACAUGCCCACCCACUCCUGCCCCCCCAUCUCACCGCCCAUCAUCCACUUCAUCCGAGCCCCCUUCACGCCAGCGUGGCAGGCCUCGCCGACCCCCUGCUGAAGAGUGGACACUUGCAGGCAGCCCUCCCGCCCGUACACCUCGUGGCAGAUGCCAUGGGCAAAUUGGGGAGCAAUCCUCUCGCUGGUCUCGCAGCUCUAGGUCUUGGAGGUCUCGCCACGCCUGCCAACACAGGCGGACUAAAUCCAGCUGCUUUAGCAGCACUCGCUGGAAGUCAGUUGCGAACUAGCAACACCAAUAGACAACAGCCAGCGGCUAACAACCAGACGCAUGAGAUGACCGUUCCCAACGAGCUGAUCGGAUGCAUCAUUGGCAAGGGUGGCACGAAGAUAGCUGAAAUUCGUCAAAUAUCAGGGGCCAUGAUUCGCAUUAGCAAUUGCGAAGAGAGGGAAGGAGGAGCGACUGACCGCACCAUAACUAUCACUGGAAAUCCAGACGCGGUCGCUCUUGCACAAUAUCUCAUCAAUAUGAGUGUCGAACUGCAGAAAGCUAACUUAGAGGCCCAAAAUACCCAAACCCCUGGCAGCGGUACCACUCCCGGGGCAUCCGGGGCCAGUGCUUCCCCCUCUACCACUACCACCACUGCCUCUCCUUUGGCCAGCGCCAUUCCUCUGGCUCAGCUGCUUAGCAAGCCAGGUGCUCUCAACGCCCUAUCUAGCCUCACUGCUCUUGGCGGGCUAACGGAAUUGCUAGGUGGAGCUGCAGGUGCAGCCGCUACCGCACUUCCGGUACAAACGACCGGUGUGCACCGUUCACACAAGCCAUUUACACCCAGACUUCGUAGUCCCAGUGCACCCGGGCCCACCGACAGCGGGAAAUUUAAAUCAGAGCGCACCAAGUACAAUCCGUACUGAAUUAAUUGUACCGUUCUUUCUUUUCCCAUUUUUCUUCUGAUCUUUUUUUUUUUUUCCUUUUUUUUUUCUUUU